AUGAAUUCCGAAAAAGGCAUAAAUGCAUCAAUUUGUCCAACGAUUGCAACACCUGAGCUUUUGUUGCAGCUUUUGCUUGCUGCAACAUUAACUCUUAAUUUGUUGAGUACAUGUGCCAUUAUUCAAGUGUACAUAAAGACUUGUAAACUUUGUAAAGAUUUGAGUAAUCAAAGUUAUAUUGUUCGACAAUUUAUCCUCAAGUUUAACGGUAAAAAAUUAGCAUUCAAUAAAAUUAUUUUGGGGCCUCAGCAAGUUUUGUGA